AUGGUUUCCGUUUCUUGCUCUUGUCCAGUUUCUAGCUUUCGCUCCGUGGAAAUUGGAGCUCGUAUUGUUCAUCCUCUGUCUUUCGCCGGAAAUCAUGUACGAGUCACUUCCGGUACUCUUCGAAUAGGAGAAGGUUGUUGCUUAAACUCCAAUCGCAAAACGCCUCAAAGAUUCGCCAUUUCCGCGGUUGUGGAUGAUAAAAGUGCUGUUGCAGCAAAAGAGAAGAAAGACGAAACGAGUACUGGUACUGAGAAGGCAGUAGAUAGCCACAAAAUGGUCAAAGUUUGCGAUAAGCUCAUUGAGGUAUUCUUGGUGGAUAAGCCCUCACCAACUGAUUGGAGAAGACUAUUAGCUUUCAGCAAAGAAUGGGAAAGCAUCCGGCCCCAUUUCUUCGAGAGGUGUCGAGAACGAGCAGAUUCCGAGGAUGAUAACCCUGAGAUGAAGCACAAGAUUCAUCGGCUUUCAAGAAAGUUAAAGGAGGUCGAUGAAGAUGUUCAAAGGCACAAUGAGCUUCUGAAUGUUAUCAAGAGGACAUCACCAGCUGAAAUUGGUGAACUUGUUGCUAGAAGACGUAAGGAUUUCACGAAUGAGUUCUUCGAGCAUUUGCAUACUGUUGCUGAAUCUUACUAUGACAAUCCUGAUGAGCAAACCGCUCUUGCGUCACUUGGGAAGUUGUGUAUUGCGGCUGUUCAAGCUUAUGACACUUCAACAGAGAGCAUCGAUGCACUUGAAGCUGCGGAAAUGAAGCUGCAAGACAUAAUCAACUCCCCUUCUCUUGAUGCGGCCUGCAGAAAGAUUGAUAGUUUGGCUGAGAAGAAUCAACUUGAUUCGGCGUUGGUUCUUAUGAUCACAAAAGCUUGGUCUGCUGCAAAAGAAUCCAACAUGAUGAAAGAUGAGGUAAAAGACAUAUUGUAUCAUUUGUAUGUAACAGCAAGAGGGAAUCUGCAGAGGCUAAUGCCUAAAGAGGUGAGAAUACUUAAGUAUCUGCUAUCGAUAGAGGAUCCCCAAGAACAGAUGAGCGCUCUACAAGAUGCGUUUACCCCUGGAGAGGAGCUCGAAGGGACUGAUGUAGACUACUUGUACACGACGCCUGAGCAUUUGCAGAGCUUGAUAAAGACGGUGUUGGAGGCGUAUCAUUUCAGUAAAGAAGGGAGUUUAGUGAAGGAAGCAAAGGAUCUUAUGCAUCCUCAGCUCAUUGCCAAAAUGGAAGUACUCAAGAAGAUUGUUGAAAAGAAGUAUAUGUGA